CACUCCAGGAUGGCAGGUUUCCCUGCCCUGCUGCUCCUGCUGGCACUAACAGGGACAUCUGCAGAACAGGACAUAGAGGUGCAGAAGAAAGUGCAAGGAGACUCCCUUCAUACAGGAUGUUCUUACAACAAGCACAAGUAUUCACUGGAGAAGAAAUACUUGUGUAAGGAGCUGUCAAGGAAUUGCCCAGUUUUAGCCUCGAUCUCCCCAGCAGGUGGAAAGAAUGACCCUCACCCUGCAACAAAAAACACAAUCAGCCUCAAAGACACAGGAGAUGGCUGGAUUUCUGUGAUCAUGAUGGCACUCCGAGUAGAGGAUUCGGGAACGUACCAAUGCAAGCUUUAUGAUUCUCUAAAGAGUAUCAUACUGAAGCGAAUAAAAGUGCUGGUCGCUUAUGAGGCUCCCCUGAGGUUAUCUGCAAAUGAAGGAGACUCCAUCUCUCUGAAUUGUUCCUAUACUGUGAUGGGCGAGAGGAGGAGCCCCCAAUAUUUUACCUUGUGUAAAAUGGUAACCACAACCAAUUGUCAACCUGCCAUCAGAAUGAACUACUAUUACAACGAUCACACAAGCGGAAAGAUCAGGAUAACUAAUGACCAGGAGAACUGCAUGAUCACGGCAACACUGAGAGAGCUCCGGUACCAGGACUCAGGAGAGUAUCGCUGCUGCAGCCAUUUAAUGAGCCAAAACAUGUUCCUGCGGGCAAUUCACCUGGUGGUUUCAAAAAAGCCCUGGAAUCCCAGUAGUGUUUUAGAAGUUACCUCAUCCCCCACCAGCAGCAGAGGGGCCAUCCAUCCCACUGUGGCCAGCAACGAGCAGCAGAGAACUCUGUAUAUUGUUGUGGUGCUGGGUGUCCUUCUGGGCAGUGUUGCACUGAUUACUGCUUUCACACUCCUUGCCCUGACUUUCAUCAAAAGGAGAGAGGCAGAAGAUGGACUGAGCUUUGGCAGAACUCCUGCUUGCAGACUUGCAGUGUUUCAGAAGGAUGAAAGCAGUGGAGGUACCACAUCAGAUGGGGAAAUGAAGAGUGAUGUAACAUAUGCCGUCCUGAAGUGCCAGACCAAGCCAGAGCCAGAAAAUGUAAAUGCAAAAGUAAAGGCAAAGCCAAAAGCCUCCCAAGACCCCACUGAGCCUGCAGCUGCCACAUCUUCCUUUGGGCUUGUAGAAUAUGCAACUGUCAUCUUUGGAACCAAGCCUCCACCUUUAAAGCCUAGAAACAAACAGAUCCGUGAAAACCCAGUGCCAUGAAAGUUUGAACGUGUUCACAGCUAUUCUCCUCGACUUCUAUUGCAGAAUAACCUGUUUGCGUGCAGUUGCUGAAAAUUAAAUGCAUUUUGUAACUUCCUAAAUAAAGAUUGCAUUG